CAAAGUCAUUGAAAAUUAGAGAGAGGCUUUAAAGAGUCCUUGGGGUUAGAUAAGAGCUGCUGAAGACUCGGAGCCCUUCACAUCCUCACAGUUACACACUGUGAGCUCUGAAAGAAAAACACUGACAAGAAAUAAGUGGAAACCCUCAGUAAAAAGGUUUAUCCAAAGAUGGCUGAAACAACGUUGAUGUCCAUAGCCCCUCUUUUUCUUUUCCUCCUGUGCUGUGCCACCCAGACACUGGGUAUCACAAUCCAUUCCUUCCCAAAUGGCGAUGUUAAUGGCAUCAUUGAAGCAGAAUAUCAGAAGACUGUAUCCCUGGUGUGUGAAGUUGGUGACAUGGCAUCUGAUGAAGAACUGGUGUGGCUGAGGAAUGGAGCUGUGGUGAAACUGCUUGAUGAAAACAAGAAAGGCCGCAGCAGUGUGUGUGUCACACCUCUCGUCUAUGAAGAUAAUGAUGCUGUGUUCACAUGUCACCUGAAAACAAAUGAUUCAGACAAAGCUUCUGUCACCCUGAAUGUCACAUAUCCCCCACAGCUCUCCAUGUCAGAGGAGGUACAACUUGAAUUGGAUUCUUUGCUAGUCCUGCAGUGUGACAUGAGGGCCAAUCCACCUGUCUCAUCCAUUGUGUGGAAACUAAAUGGAAGCAUAGUGGAUCUAUUAGAGGGUGGCUUCACCGUGACCAAUGAUGGCUUGAUAAGCCAGCUUCAGGUCAAAAAUGUCAAGAGACACUUACAUGAAGCCACAUAUCAAUGUACAGCAGUCUCUCCCAUGUACGGACAGCAAACCCAGACUUUCCAUGUGACAGUGACAGAAAAGACCGUGAAGUUCCCAGUGAUGCCCAUCAUAGCAGGGGUGGUGGUUGUGUGUGCCACUUCACUCCUCGCCAUAGUGUCACGCUGGAGCAAAAUUACAAAGUGCUUCAAGUAAGGGUUCAGAUAUAACCCUCUGCACUUCACCAACUGAGAGAAGCUAUGAGGACAUCACCAUUUUCUCUUUGGAGACUAUGAUUGCCUAUUUAUGGGAAUAUCAUAUAUCAUUAACAUAUGACUUGUGUUUAAAGCAAUUCUUUAGCAUUGCCAGUGGACGAAUGCCAUACGUAUGUCUGUCUGUGGAAUAUUAAGCUACAGCCUAUUGUUAUUAGCACAAUUUAGCACAGAGAAUGGGGCUUUCCACAUUUGUGCCUCAAAGAUAAUCCCUGUCAACAUAUAAAAAAAGAGAUUACCAGAGCUUCUGUCGGGUCAUUUUGUGAAGCUUGAAAAAAUUUGGGCCUGAUGUGCCAUCAGGUUUCUGCUCUCCUCUUUUGUGAUUAAUCUUCGUCCCUGCUGUCAAAGGCUUCAGAUUUUCUGCAAAGUCAUAAUAGAGAACUAAAUCAGUAUGUACAUCAAGCACAAUAGACCUUUAAAUCUGACAGAAAUGUGUGUAAAUUGUGUGUAAAUUCUACUAUUUAUUUGACCAUUCAGAGUGACAUUAAAGAAGAGUGUAUUGUACUUUAUGUGAAAAGUUUAUUAACCAAUGAGAACUAAAACAUAAGCGGCUAUAAAAACAAAAAAACUAGAGAAAGAAAUGUUAAUAUGUGAUUUAGCUUCAAUUUACAUUCUACUUUAUUACUUUUGGCUGAUACUUUGUUAUUGGAUGGUAACAAAGUCAGUGUCAAAUGUUGAAACUGACUUUGGAAUUUGUGGAGGACAUGUGGGUUAUAUUAUACAUUAUACACCUUAAUGGGAUACUGGGUUGAAUCUUAAGUGUCCAAAGGUAUAUUUUAAAAUGCAUCUAAAAAUAAAGCAGACUGGCAUAUUCUCCUCCUGAGUGCAUUAUCAAGAAUUUUAUUUUAAUAAUUAAUUCAUAAAAUUAUUUAAAAGUUUUACUUUUCAGGGCAUUAGAAAAAAUAUAGCUCUUUAAAUUAGUAAUAUACCUCCUCAGGAGAAUAAAUAACACUACAUCCUGAUCUAAUGUUUUAAAAAGUGGAAAAACAACGAAACUCCACUUCCAGUGUAGUCUGAAAGUUUCAGAUUAAUUGCAAAUGAAAUGUGCUGAUUCAACAGUUAUUUGAGGAAUAAAGGUGAAAAGAAAAUUACUUUAUUCACUUAACAAUAUAACAUGCAUUUAUCCAUUUUCUCUAUACACCAAAAAUAAUUAAAGAUUGCGAUGGCUGGACUCUAUCCCAGCUGUCACUGGGCCAGAGGCAGUUCACACCCUGGACAGGUCAUCAAACAUGUUAUUUUUAGAAGAUAUUGAAGAUUUGGAUUUACAAGCUUUACCAAACAACACUGGGGGAAAGGUGACAUAAAAUGAAUAAUGAGGAUCUAAUGUCAGAUGAAAAUGAAGGGGAAGUUUUCACAGGUGUGUCUUUCAAACAGUUAAGUCAUUGGAAUAAAUGUUUAUGUUCUAUGAAUCAUCAUCAUCUGUGAAUUUUUUUGUCAUUGGGCUUCUAUGCGAGGAUUGAACUU